AUGGCAGUAUUAGACGAUCAUAGUGCUUGUGAGGUAUGGCGUAGUCGUGAUCGUUUAUAUUCUUCAUUAGUAGCUAUAUUUCCAGCUGCAUUAAUUGGUAAACCAGUUACGGUGACACUGUUAGAUGAAACACGUAUAACUGGACGCUUAUGUUCAUGUGAUGGAUUGAUGAAUUUACAAUUGGAUAGUGGUGUUAUAAUAAGAAAACCAGAUUCUGACGGGCUAAACGAAGUUAUUCUAGUUGAAACAAUAAUGAUAUUUGGUAAACGUAUACGUUAUGUGACCGUACCGAAAUUAAUUGAUAUUUCAUCAACACUUGCAGAAUGGGAGUCCAAAAUUCAAAAUGGUAGAAUAUUUUUAUCUAGACCAACAAAAUCAUCAAAACCUUUAAAGGAGAGCCAGAUUAAAAAUAAUGAGAAUGAAUUGUGUCAGUCAAGUAUGACAAAUGAUCAUUUUGUGGAUAUUAAUUAUGUCGAUAACACCGAGAACAUUCCGUGGUUGGAACAAUCUGAUCUAGAACAAUUUGCAUCUAUUGGUGUAAAGCCGACAGGAGAUAAAAAAGUUGAUUUAAUUAUGGUGCAAACCUUAAAAGUACUUAAUAACCCAUUAUAGUAACAGUAUAUUUGUUCGGUUAACUUGAAUGCAUUAAAUACAACUAUGUGUAAAUAUUUUGGGAGGAUACGUUUAAUAGUGCUCACUUUCAACGUACAUCUUUUUUUGUAUCAUUCUACAAACCAUUUCUUUGGAGUUAAUGAUUGAUAAAUCGGACUAAUACACAUACGUACCAGUUUCUGAGUUGUUGUUGAUUGAACGAUUUUAUUAUUCAUUUCAUUUCAUUUCAGGAUUAACAAUAGGGAAGAUAUAUAAACUGUCGAAUCGUCUCACUGUUUUUCACUUUCCGUUUAUAACCCAAGACAAAAAUAUUUAAUUUCUGUGUCUUUUAGUUUCAUAUUGUCAUAUGGUAGGUUUAGUGAUAAGGAAGUAAUAAAAUCAGUUACAUUUCAAAGUUUAUGGACUGAAAUUUAAUUCUCAGUGUCGUACUUUAACCUAACCGUAAAUUUGUAAAUAUUUAUGUAGAAAUGAAACACCCGUUUAUUAUUAUUAUUA